AUGGAUUCUGGCUUGCUGUUAACUCCUAAAUCAAAAGUUAAAGCUUUGUUGGAGACAGCGAAUGAGCCUUCAUUGGAAAGCGAAGAAAUUGAUUCGAGCUCAAAAGUUGAUACUCCAGUUGAUUCAAUUUCAAAAAAUGAUUUUGAAUCUGCCUAUGAACGCGUGAAGAAGAAACUCGAAGAAAGCUCAAAAACCAAACAACCAAUUGAUACACCAAUUGACAAAAAUGGCCUGGAUUUAGUUGAAGAAGAAACAGAAACUCACGACAUCGCCGAACCAAGUCGUGAGCAGAAGUUAAAAAAAUUAAUUGAAAAGAAGAAGCGCGAACUGCGAAGAGAACAACGCGAACUUCUUCAAGAUAAUGAGAAUUCUGUUAUGCCAAUGGACGAAGAUGCUCCAAUUGAUGAUGAUGAAAGCUAUGCUACUUCUGAUGACGAUGAAUCCAGUUCCCAUAGUCGUCGUGAAGUUCAACUUCGUAAUGCCUCGAAAAAUGCACUAAUUAACAUGCAUAAAGAAACUGCAAGACUCACCAGAGAUCUAAACCUCAAACCAAAAGCAUACGUUAAGCAGAAAGUUACCAUUGGUGACUUUCUGAGUAAGCUCGGACUGGAGAAAACAUCAACAGAUGAAAACAAAAACGAAACCCCAAAUGUCACUGAUGGGGUUGAGCUCUUGGAAAAGCAUGACGACGAGACUGAACAUGUUGUAGAUCCUGCUUCUCCGUCUAAACUUCUUCCUGUUUCACAGGGAGAAGAGAUUGACGGCUUCAAUGUUGCGAAAAUGGACGAAACGCCGUAUGAUUAUGGCCUUGUUGAUUUAUCAAACUUCGAAGCAACGCAUGAGGAUGAACAGCCAGAGUGCCAUGCGGACAUCGAUGGGCUUGAUUUGUUAGAUAUGGGUUCUUCCCUCCUCGUUACCCAAAAAACAACAAAGAUUUCUCCUUCAGAGCGUCAAAUUGCCCUUCAAAAGGCCUUUUACAAGUCUGAGAUUGCUGACUUGAGUGAAUCGUCCGAUGACGAACUGGAAAUUGUUAAGAAUAGCUCUUCUAGCAAAUUACUUGACCAUAUUGAGAAGGAGGUUGAAGAGGAGCCGUCUACCGAGGUUUCUGUUCUUCAGAAGCUUCCUUUACCUCAAUUUACGGAGUCAAUGACAGCUGCUCUUGAACACAAAAACAAAUUCAAGGAAAUCAAUAGAAAGUUUCUGCGACGCGCCGCUGUGCAAGCGAAGCAAAAACAAGAUGAAUAUCUACAGGAUGUUAUGCAGUUGGGAGAUGAUUUGGAUUAUGAACAAGGAAGAAUGUUACUGAAGCGGGAAGACCUUUUAGCUGAAGCGCAAGCUGAAGCCCGGCUCAUUCGAAAAUUGGAAAGGAAAAAGGAGAAGCUUCAAUCUCGUGUUGAAUUAAAGGAUGAAACUGAGGUCACCUUUGCCGAAAAUGAGGAUACACAUCUCGCGGAAGGCUUCAAUGUCGGUUUGGGAAUUGCCAAAGUGCGAAAGAUGGGAAGAAGAAAGUGUAUCAUUCGCGAUGAAGAAGACACCAUACCAAAUGAACAUAAACCUCCCAUUGUACAAACAGAAGAUUUGGAUGUGGCACCUAAAACUUCAUCCACUGAUUUAAAUCCUCUGCAGCUUAUUGAACAAGCGGAUGGUAUAUCGGCUUCCCAAAUUACUAUUCUGGACGGAUCAUUUAGCGCUCUUCCUCCGCGAUGGGACAAUGCAACUGGAAAUACUCCUACACAAACGACAGAUGCAGUAAUUGAACCAACGCAGCCCACUCAGCUUGACGAUGCGACGCCGACGCAGGUGGAUGCAGGAACUCCCCUUCAGCUUUCGUAUGAGCUCGACUCGGUAAAAGAAAGUAAAGAUGUCAUUGACAACUUAAUUGAAGAUCAAGCUGUUGAAUCAGAUGAUGAGUAUGCCGGAUUCGGCGGUCUUUCUGAUGAUGACGAAGGACUGGAUGUUAAUGCGGGUGCUCUGAAUGCGAUGAUUGACGAUGAGACAAGACUUCAACAAGGCGAAGCACUUGCGAUUGGUCAGUUAUUCCAUGAACGCGAAAUGGAACAGGACAAAGCAAAGCUUUUGCGUGUGAUGAACGAUGUUGCUUAUGGUACUCUACGAAAGAGAAAUCGCCGGACGAUGAACGACCUCCCCAGUGAUGAAGAAGACGAUGAACAUUUCGCCAGUGUUCGGCGGCAGCGAAUCCGCGAGAUGCGCCGUAUGAAGUUGUUGGAGGAUGAACGACUCGGUGCAUUAGGCGGGGAGAAGCACAAGGCCUUCUUGGCAACCGUUGAGGAUGGCAAGAUGGAAAGCACUGAACAGCUUGCGUGGCUUGAGACAACAAAUGAAGACUCGGGUGUUGGUUCAUCUGAAUUGGGCGAAGAAGCUAUUGUGGUUCCAGACACUUCGCGUUCAAAACCAUUUCAAGAAUUUGAGCUCCAAGCAACACCUGUUAAUGUUAUUGACCGAGGAGAUAUUCGUAAGAAGUCGGAAAGUAAUUCACAGAGUGCAAUCAAUGCUUCUACCACAAGUCUCGAUUUGCCUAUCUUUUUGUCUAAACGCACACUUCUCAUGCAAGCCGAGCGGAAGAAACUCCAAUGUCUUUCACGCCCGCUUUCCGUUGAGAGCAAUCCAAAAGUGGUAGUUCCGAAAGUUGUGUCCAAGAUUCCUCGGCUUCGUCGAUUCAAUGGCUCAAGACGUACUGCUCCGAGUUCAAGACCGAUACGCAGUGACAACAACUCGCAUUCGUCUUCGCCUGCUAAUGCUGAUGCUAACGAUUCCUCAACAACAGGUCGCAUUAGUUUGCUUCAAACACUUGAUGGUUUUGAUGAUUUUGAGUAG